UUAAGAACGUCUAACAUGGGACUAGCGGCUUGUAUAUGCACCAAAGUGCUCCAGCUUAUUGCUACAGUGGCAUCGCUGAUUGUGAAAAGAUUGUCGGACAAAUAUUCGGAAAGGGUGUUUGUCCUUAACAAAAAACAAUCCAGGGAAUGGACACUUCUGAACAAUAUCUCUUGGUCCAAAGAAGGCGACGAUUUUAGCACGCUUACGUUCUUGGGAUAUACCUUUAUUUCGGCAGUUUUACUUCUCACAAGAAUUAUCGAUUCAACCUCGAAUUAUGGUACUUGCGAAAUAAUUCUGCUGACCUGUGGAGUUCUAUUUUUCACCAUAGAGGGACUACUCAUAUUCUUUACCGUGGAACAACUACCUGAGAAUCUUUUGAUUUAUGCCUAUGUCUUGGGAUCACUUUCUUUCAUCUGCGCAGCUUUAUUUGCUUUGGACCUAAUGCUGUUUAAAAACCUGCUUAAACUAAAGAAUUCAACAGCGCAAACAGAUCAAUUAAAAGAAACAGUGGCCCUUAAAGUUUAUAAUUUAUCCCAAGAACCGAAGACAAGCUGCUGCAGCAAUAGUCCCCGAAGUCACGUCGUGAAUGAAACUAAUAAGAACUACUUACGAACGGAUUUAUAG